AUGGCAGCAGCCACAGAACUUCUGCGCCCCAACUGGGUCAUCUUGAACCAGUCCAACGUCCACGUCGCAAAGGAUCGAGGAUCGUUCCAAACCUACACACCUUGGGCUUCGAGACUUGGAUCCAUUUCUGCUGGUGGCGAUGGCACCCCCGUCUUCGGCGUCGGCACCGUCGAUCUACAAACUUGCGUUGACGGCAUCACCACGACUAUCACGCUGCAUGACGUCCUCCACGUGCCAGACUACGACUGCAAUGUCAUCGGACAAGGCAUCUUCGACGACGACAUAGUCGACACCAGCAAGGGUGAGAAGGGCGGUAUCUUAAGCGAAUCACGCGAACAAAUCACAUGCACAAAGGAAGACGACCAUCUCGUCACAGUCGACGUCCUUCCGCCAGGCAGCCAUGUAUUCGAACCGUCAGCUUUCGCACCGGGUGAUCCGGACAUGAUGCCUUGCUCGUGGAACAAGGCUGAGGUGCAGAAGUGGGAGGCGUUCAAGAUGAAAUAUCCGAUGGCGUUGGGGUUCGACGGAACGCGCUUGUACAUCCCAGCUGAGCGUUUUUUCAUGAAGGACAACUACGGAGGCGAGAGUGAAUUCUUUCGUCAGCAGGGAUUGGACAUCAAGGAGACCGAGGAUAGGACAUUAGGCAGGGCGAUUCUGAGAGGUGUCAUGCACGCGGGCCGGAGUGAUCAAUCUCUCGUGUUCCGGUGGACACAAAACGGGGUCUUCGAUUUAGCUUCUGUCCAUAGGUACUAA